AUGAGAACUGGAGGAAGAAAGACUAAAGACCCGAGAGAGGAAGAGAGGCAAUGCCCUUGCCGAAAUGCAAGAGCCCUUACUGACUUAUGUCAGCCUGGAGGUGCUCUUUCACAAAAAAAAACUUCAGUGUUUCGCUGUAUUCUAUUGUUAACAAUACAAGCAAGAUGCCAAUACCAAUCACACCACCCGGUUUCCUUCGUUCAAUCGCCGGGACCGCCGAUGAGUCAAUAUCGUCAAUCGGGUUAUCCACCCUGGCAUCAGUUUUCUUCACCACGGAAAAGGUUGCCUGACAUACAAACAUAUUACAACACGCCAUAUAAUCAACGGUUGUCAUACAAUCAGAAUCCAUUCCAAGUGCAAGGUCAGCAAAACUUCCAAGAUUUUCCACAGUCGUACAACAGCCGGUCAUCCCAUGACUUAUUACAUUCGGAAACUAGAGGUAAUAUCAAUGACCCUAGGCUUCUUUCAGAAUCUGCAUUCACUAGAAUAUCCGAAACUCUCGGAGCGAUCAAUACAGUGGGACAUUACCUUAUUGAUGUGGUAAAUGAAAACGAAAGAAAUGAAUCUGAUCCCAACUUGAAGCAGCUGCCACAGGCACUGUAUACAAUUAGUAAAAAUGUUCUAGGCAGAAAUGUUACUGAUAAAAUAGCACCUAUAGUCAAAAAAGCGUUACCUAAAGUGCUACCAGAUGCACCAAUAACUAGAAUAGCAACAGCUGAUUUAAAACCAGAUAAUGCUAGAUUUUGUACAACACCAGAAGGAGAACAGGGUAUAUGUGAAGAUUUAAGUAAUUGCCCACAAUUACUUCUAAAUCUAGUCAGCCUACGUGAAUCGUUAUGCUUUAAAGAUCUCUACGUUCCUGGUGUAUGUUGUCCGAGAGAUGCUGUUGUUCCCUCAACGCCGAUUGAGAAGCCAGUGAUAAGUACAACAAGUAAGCCGACAUAUUUAGUACCGGUGACUACGCAGAGGCCGAUACAGAAACCGGCGACUACGAAAAAGCCAUCUGCAAUCCUUGUGUUGACAACUAAGAAACCUAGACCGACUACGACAACUACCGCCAGACCAGUCACCACGCUUUCUACCGUGACGACCACUCGGGUUCCAUCAACGACAAGCUACUACACUGUUACUCCUCCGUUCAUCGCUAACUUUUCAAACAUCGUUGAUAUAAACGACUGUGGUCAGAGGGAAGACGAAGGCGGACGUAUAGUUGGAGGCACUGAGGCUAAGUCUGGCGCUUGGCCCUGGAUGGCUGCUAUAUACCUGCACGGAACCAAACGUCGUGAGUUCUGGUGCGGGGGCACGCUGGUCGGGACGAGGCACGUGCUCACCGCUGCACAUUGCACAAGAGACUCCAAACAGAGGCCCUUCCCAGCCCGUCAGUUCAGCGUGCGCCUGGGGGACGUAGACCUGUCUCGCGACGACGAGCCCUCCCGCCCGGUGACCCUCCGCGUGUCGGCCGUCCGCGCUCACGAGCAGUUCUCCAGGGUCGGCUACUAUAACGACAUCGCUGUCCUCGUGCUGGCUGAAAACGUUCAAAAAUCGAAAUACGUCAUACCUAUCUGCCUACCACGAGGCGAUCUAUCACGCAAGCAGUUCGAUGGCUCCGUCGCCACAGUGGUGGGGUGGGGCACCACACGGUACGGAGGUUCGGAGAGUUCGCGCCAGCUUGAGGCUCGCCUGCCGGUCUGGAGGAACGAGGACUGCGACAGGGCGUACUUCCAACCCAUCACUGACACCUUUCUUUGCGCUGGGUAUCCUAGAGGCGGGGUUGAUGCUUGUCAGGGUGACUCUGGCGGUCCACUCAUGUUACAAGCAAAUGGCCGAUGGACGCAAAUCGGCGUGGUUUCCUUCGGCAACAAGUGCGGAGAGCCAGGCUACCCGGGAGUCUACACUAGAGUCACGCAUUAUUUGAACUGGCUGCAACAGAACCUAACAUAA